AUGAAUAACGUUGAGAAGGUGCUGGAACUGAGGGCGUGGAGAUUCCCUGUGCUGCUAUGCUUCAUUGUCACACAAUGCAUGGUCUUGCAGCCUGCUGAGGGCUUCAACUGCUCUGAGCCAAACUCAGAGUCUCUCCUGAGUGCCCUUCAGCAGAAUGUUUUGAACCGCAGUGCCAUCCGGCCUGUCCAAGACCCAACACAGCCCAUCAUCAUAGGAUUGGCCUUCACAAUGUAUGCCAUCUUGGGAGUGGACGAGAAGGCACAACUGUUAAAAACCCUCAUUUGGCUGGACAUGAAGUGGCAAAAUGAGUUUGCACAUUGGGAUCCCGAGGAGUGUGGCACAAAUAAAAUCUCUUUGCCCCGGAAGAGCUUGUGGUCGCCAGACAUUGUCAUCAAUGAAUUCAUGGAAGAAAACACAGGACCAGAAACCUACUUUGUGUACCUAUAUAGCGAUGGGACUGUACACGACUGGCUUCCCGUGAGAGUGGUCAGCUCCUGCAACAUGGAUAUCUAUACGUUCCCUUUCGACACUCAGAACUGCUCCUACACCUUCAAUUCCUACUUACACAAUGCUAACGACAUUCAAUUGGUUCUUCGCAAUCCCAUCGAAGUAUCAUUGAACAAGACGCACAAAUAUAUGACAACCAAAGGAGAAUGGAUACUGCUUGACAUGACGGCUUACCAAGACAACCUAAAUGGCUCUGAGGAAUGGAAUCAUCUUUACGUUAAUUUGAUCCUGAAAAGGCACCCCACCCUGUACGUGGUGAACCUGCUGGUACCAAGCUGCUUCCUCAUCAGUCUGGAUCUCUGGAGCUUCGUCCUGCCCCCUCAGGAUGUAGACCGGUCAGCCUUCAAGAUGACCCUCAUUCUGGGCUACACCGUCUUCCUGCUCCUCAUGAAUGACCUGCUGCCUGUCACUGGAAACACCAUACCUCUUCUUAAUGUGUUCUUCUCCAUCUGUCUGGCUCUCAUGGUGGCCAGUCUUCUGGAGACCAUCAUCAUCACCAACAUCCUGCACAACUCCCAUGACUACCCUGACGUGCCACGCUGGCUCAGGUUCCUCGUCAUAGACCUCCUGGCCCGCCUGGUUUGUCUGAGCAGGAAGACACCUGAUGACAAGGACACACCAGUGGUGGCCCCUACACAGCGUCCCAAUGUGAUUGAGACCCCCAUUGAGCUGGUCCAUCAGGAGCCCUUUGGGAGUCUGCAGAGGGACCUGAGAGCCAUCCGGCAUUACAUGGAGAAGAGUGCGGCCACCCAGCAGGUGUCAGAGGACUGGAUCCACAUCGCACAGGUGGUGGACCGCUUCCUGUUCUUCAUCUACCUCAUCUUCAUCUCCACCAGCUUCAUCACCAUACUGGUCAUGUGGACCACUUAGUAGCUGUGUUUAAUGAUGUUAUGGCAUAAUCAACUAUAGACAGGUCUUAGCUAGAUCUUGUGAGAAUCACUAAUGGGCUAUGGGUCUGUUCUGCUGGGAUAACAGCUGAUCAUCAUACUGGUCAUGUGGACCAAGGGGUAGUAUAAGGGCCUGUCUAUGUUGGGUUAUGUCAUAAGAAGAUGUAACACCAUCUAGUCUAUUAGAAAGACAUCAAAGAAGUAAGAGAUUGUACUUUACACUAUACAACAUCUAACCACAUUGCAUGGAGCCAACACGUAGUCUAUGGGGCACCUAAGUCUCCGCCCUUUCCGGGCAGCUCAUGGGGCUGGGAAAGUAAAAAAACUUUCACAGGGCUGUAAUGGACUGAUCAAACC